CACCAGCCCCCCAACUCAGACGAAAAAGAGUGGGAAUGGGGGGAGAGCCCGAGAGAAACAGACCCUCCCAAAUCCUUAGUGUAGGCCCCGAGUCCCUGACAUGAACCUGGCGCUGAUCGCCUGCGGCGUCAUGGUUGAGAUUAGACGCAAAGGAGCUCGUCGCAGCAUUCCAUUCCUACUGCGUGCUUCCUACCUACGAUAGUUUUGUCACGAAGGCCAGGUAUUGGAAUCGCACGGGAAUUUGUCGCCCUACCCUCGACCCCUCUGAUCCGUCCAAGCGCCGUGCAGCCAUCGCCCGGCAGUUUCUGUUCGCAGAGCGAUUCCAGAUUCCAGAAGCCUCGUCCUCUCUUCGAUCACAUGCAAGCGUCCCCAGAGUUGUCUCUUCGGGCCGAGAUAUCCCUAGAGGUCGAGUAAUCCUUAGAGGUCGACUCGAGUCAUCCCUCAAGUUUUUCCCCCGGGAGUUAUCUCUUGAAGUUAUCCGUUUCUAGAGUCGCCUCUGUCGUCGUGUCACGGUGGGAAUAAAUUCAAAUUUUGCCGGAGGUUGGGUCAGAUGCACCAGGUGCGAUCGCAGCAGCCGCCGCCGCAUUCCACGGCAAUGGCGUCGAAGGCGCUGAUGAUGGACAACGACGUGCUCAGCGGCGCGCAGGACCCCCGCCUACGCUUACGCCUGCUGCAAUCGCUCCUGACCUCCUUCCUCCCAGUCACUCCCAAGGAUCCCAUCGACAUGGGGCGGGUGAGAGGAGCCGUGGGGAUGCUGCGGGAGCAGCACGUGUUGGCGGUGGAGCCUGAUUGGUCGGCGGUGGGGAGCGGUAAUGACCCCAGGCGGAAGGCUGUGGAUGCGUGGUGCAGCAGAGUGUUCGCGUUAUUAGCUUCCCCGCUGCCAGCCAAUCGGUGGGCGGCGUGCGUGCUGGCAGGUGCCACGUGUGCAGAGAGCACGCCUCAGCGCGUGGUUGACACGUACGCCAAGUGGUGGGGGCGGCUAGCCGCCCUGCUGAAGGUGAACAAGACAAAAGGGGGCGGUGGGGGGGCCGGGAAGGGAGAGCAGCAGCAGCAGCAGGAGGAGGGGAAGGAGGAGGGGGAGGAGGAAGAGGAGGAGGAGGGGGAAGAGGAGGGAAAGGAGGGGAAGGAGGGGAGAGGGGACGGGAGAGGGAAGGGGAAGGGGAAGGGGAAGGAGAGGGCGAGUGGGAAGGGCAAGGAGCAGAGUGCACAGCAGGACACGAUGUUUGUGCGUGUGGCGGCUGCUGCUGCCCUUGCUGACCUAUUCUCAAGGCUGGCAACUUUGUCUCAUGUGCAGAGCGUGCGCAAGGAGGCUGGCACUUUGGCUGGCAAGCUUUGGCCGUUUCUGGCGGAAAUGAUGGGCGGCAGUGAGAGCACGCAGGCAUGGAGCGUGUGCCUCUCGCUUCUCUCGCUGCUGCUUCGCUCCUUCCCGUCAAGCUUCAAGCACCAUGUGCCAGCGAUCGAGUCGCUUCUUGUGGCAAAGCUGGCUUCGCCCAACGCACCACCUUCAAUUGUUCACUCAUGCUGCAAUCUCCUCGUGCUGCUCCCUCGCGCCUCCGGCGACCCGUCUCUCUGGUCGGCCUUCAUGCGCCGCCUGCUGCUGUCCGUCCACGCGGACCUCGACACCCUCCUCUCAGGCUUUGAGGAUGCAUCCGUACGGUCCAAGGCCCUGGCAACCCUCCUGCACUCCAACAGCGCAUCUCUCCCCACGCCUCUGGUCCCCGAGCACCGCCACUGGAUUGCUGCACACUGCACCAAGGAGGCUGAGGGGCAGCAGCAGCAGCAGCAGCAAGACACAGGGGGGCAGGGACACAGUGUAGGGCAGUCGGCAAAUCCAAACGCCGCCAGCAGCAGCAACAGCGGCGAUGGCGGCAGCAGCAGCAGCAGCGGGGAUCCCGAGGCAGUGUUUCGCCGGGUCGUGCCGCGGCUGCACGCGCUGCUGCUGACGUGCCAGCUGGCGAUCACCCAGGGGUUCUCCGCUCCGGUGCCAGCCCCCCUCUCCGCACUGCUGUCUCUCGCCCACCGUCUCCUCUCAGCCGACGCCACCAUCCGCCUCACUCAAGUAGAGGGCACAGGGCUCGUCAUCCCCCUCUCCCUCCUCGCCUCUGGUACUGGAGGGAGGGGGGGAGGAGUGGGAGGGGGAGGAGGGGAUGGAAGGGGAGGAGCGAGGAGUGAUGGGCUGGACAGCAUGGGCUCGGCGUUUUCUGCCGGCCGCCAGCUGGCUCUGUGUGUGGAGCUGCCGGCGCUGCAGUGUGCUGGGCUGCGGAUGAUGCUGGCGGUGCUUCAGGGAGUGAGAAACCACAUCCUGCCCCAUGCGGCGACCAUCUCUCACACCCUCGUGUCGGCCUUUCGCCGUUCGGCAGCAGCGGGGGAUGACGCCACCACGCUGCCUUUCAAGGCGCUGCUGUACCGCACGGCCACGCAGUACCUCUACACUCUGGGGGCUGGCAUGAUGACCCAGAUUGCCCCCAUAGUGGUGGGCCGUGGCAUCACCGAUCUCAAGCAGGCUGUCCCAGCGCUCUUCUCCCCGACCAACCAGCGUUCGCCAGGAGGCAGCAUGGCGUUCGACGCCGCUCCCAACGCUGCGGGCGGCAGCGGGAGGGUGGGCGGAGGGGGAGGGGGAGGGGCAGGGGGAGGUGCAUCGGGGGCAGGUGUUAUUUCGGGCAGCCAGUGCCUGCAGUCUGCUGAUCUGCAGAUUGCGAUUCUUGAAGCGCUAGAGGCACUGCUGGUGGCAAUUGCAAUACUUGAAGCGCUGAAGGCGCUGCUGGUGGCGGGCGGCCCCCUUCUACCUGAGCACUGGCGCAUGGAGGUGGAUGCAGCACUCACCUGCACCGCAGCCAUCGCCCUCGGCACUGGCGGUUACGACUCCGGUUUCAACUCUGGUUACAACUCAGGUUACAACUCCACCAGCCAUGCUCAGAUGCCCUGGACCCCUGCCUCCGACCGUGCAAUCAGAUCGCUCCAGCUGGCAGCGUGCCAUGCCCUCCUUGCCUCCCUACUAGCCCCGUGCAAGUACCGCCCCCCUACCUCGGCCAAGCACUUAGAAUCUUCCGGCAGGGGCGGCAGCAGAUGGCUACUGAAGUGGCUGCUUUCUGCUCCUUUGCUCUUCUGGCUCUAGAGCCAGUGCUCCACCCUAGGUGCCUCCCCCACUCAACCUCUAUCCACCCGCUCUCGUCACUCCUUGUUCCGUCGCAACCCCCGCCUAACCUGCAACUGCAGCAGAUGCAGCAGCAGCAGCUGGAGCAGCAGCAGCAGCUACUGGAGCAGCAGUUACAACAGGAGCAUUUACAGCAGCAGCAGCAGCAGCAGCAGCAGCAGCAGCAGUCUUUGAGUUUGGGUGGCUCGCCAGCCCCUUCUGCCGCCCAUCCCGCCGUCUCUGCCAGCCAGCCGUCCAGCUUGCCGGCCACUUCCGGCAGUAUGCCGCGUCCGGCCACCCAGGCUAGCUCACUCGCCGUCUCACUCCAUAUCGGGGGAUCGAUGGCAAUGGCCUUGUCUGCUG